AUGGCAGCCGGCUUGAAACUUCGCGUCGUUGCUACCCUCUUAUUCUUCCUCAUUUAUGUGGAUUUGUUUUCAUUCAGUGUAUCAUCAACAACGCCACCUUACAAGUAUUUUUCAACGAAAACUCUAUACGAAUGGGCACACCCGGCACCAAAACCGGUAGAGGACGAGCUGUAUUACCUGAAAGGUGUCAAGGGAAAGACCUGUAGGGCCAAGUAUGUUAGCGCACUCAACCGACAUGGAGCCAGGAAUCCCAGUUUAAAGGAGGUUACGGGAAUAUCUGACCUGCACCGCAGACUUGUCGCCGCCAUGGGACCCAACACCAACCGAGAGUUGCGCAGCUGGGUUAACAGAUUUCCCAAUAACAACGACCAAGCUUUAACACCUCUCGGAGAAACAGAACAAAGAGGACUGGGCCAAAGAACCGGCACAAAACUGCGAUCUCUGUUUGCUGGUAAAGACAACACAGACAGUGGCUUAAAGUUUCUCGUCACCAGCCAUAACAGGACCAAAGACAGCGCUGUGGCUUUCUACGAAGGAUUGAGUAGCAUCGUCUAUGGAGGCGAGCACAACGGGAGUGGGGUCAACGCGGAAGUCAACAAUCAGUUGUUGCGUUUCUACGAUGAUUGUGACAGGUAUGUCACCAGUGUGAAAGACAACAAGACGGCCCCCAAGGAAUACGACGACUUCUUAUCCAGUAACAGAGUACUCAGAAUAAAAGAGAAAAUUGAAAGGAAAUUAAACAUAAGUUCUGAAGUACUCACCUCAGAUGAUGUGCAACGUGUCAACACUUUCUGUGGCUAUGAUGUGGCUUUCUUUGGCUGGUCCCCCUGGUGCUCCUUGCUGGACAGGUGUGACAUGAAGAUUAUGGAAUAUGGGGAAGACUUGGAGCAUUACUACGAGACUAGCUAUGGACAUGAAAUCAACUGGCAACAGAGCUGCCAACUAGUGUCUGCCAUUUUUGCUGCCUUGGAUAACAACACAGUCGAUGGUGACACAUUGGACAAGUAA